GUCUAUUCAAGAUAAGGCAAACUAUGAAAUCAUAAAAAAAAAGUCUCUGAGGCUCUUGUGAUUUGAUGUUUCCAAAGAAUAUAUAUAAAUUGAAUCGAGCUCUACCCAAUCCGUCUAGCAGUCUAAAGACCAAUUCUUUGUCAACCGUUAACGUUUCUCUCCGCGUUUUUCUUCUUCUCCUCUUUGUCCUAAAGUCUCAAGCUUUGGUCUCUAAAGAUGUCGGUAACAGCUCGAUCAUGAUGGUUAUGUAAAUGGGUGAUGUUAGUUUUGGUUGUAGCAGAAGCUAAGUUUGUAAAGUUGAAUACUUUCGGGGUUUAUUCCGCAAAUUCGAUUUUGGGUUUAAAAAAAAACUUUUGAUUGGUGAUCAAAGGUUUUUCAUUGAAUUGAAUUGAAUUGGGGUUGGAUACAUAGAAGAAGAAGAAGUUUUUAAAAGGGUUGGUUUUUGAUCGGAGAUUUGUAAUAAAAGAAGAAUGGAUCGGGUGGUUGGUGGCAAGUUCAAGCUUGGUCGGAAGCUUGGAAGUGGAUCCUUUGGUGAAAUCUUUCUUGGAGUGAAUGUACAAACUGGAGAUGAAGUUGCUGUUAAGCUCGAGCCUCUUCGAUCUAGGCAUCCUCAGCUUCAUUAUGAGUCUAAGCUUUAUAUGCUUCUCCAAGGAGGAACUGGUAUUCCUCACCUUAAAUGGUUUGGGGUUGAGAGUGAAUACAACUGUAUGGUGAUCGACCUUCUUGGUCCUAGUUUGGAGGAGUUUUUCAACUAUUGCAGUCGUUCUUUCUCCCUCAAGACUGUUCUAAUGCUCGCUGAUCAGAUGUUAAACAGAGUGGAGUAUAUGCAUGUGCGAGGCUUUCUUCACCGUGAUAUUAAGCCAGAUAACUUCUUGAUGGGUCUUGGCCGCAAAGCUAACCAGGUUUACAUCAUUGACUAUGGGCUAGCGAAAAAGUAUAGAGAUCUUCAAACACACAAGCAUAUUCCUUACAGAGAUAACAAGAAUCUUACAGGAACAGCUCGGUAUGCAAGUGUUAACACCCAUCUUGGAAUUGAGCAAAGUAGGAGGGAUGAUCUGGAGUCUCUUGGCUACAUGCUUAUGUAUUUUCUCCGAGGAAGCCUUCCAUGGCAAGGACUUCGUGCAGGAACCAAGAAGCAGAAGUAUGACAAGAUCAGCGAAAAGAAAAGACUUACACCAGUGGAGGUCCUCUGUAAAAACUUUCCACCUGAGUUCACAUCUUAUUUCCUCUACGUGCGUUCGUUACGGUUUGAAGACAAACCUGAUUAUUCCUACUUAAAGAAGCUUUUCAGAGACCUAUUCAUCCGAGAGGGUUACCAGUUUGACUAUGUAUUCGAUUGGACAAUACUGAGGUAUCCCCAGUUCGGCUCCAGUUCCAAUGCCAGACCAAGACCAAGCCUAAGACCAACUCUGAAUAUUCCAGUUCCACCAUCUGCCGAGAAGGCAGAAAAGCCUUCAACUGGGCAAGGCACUCGUGAUAGACUCUCAGGUGUUUUCGAGGCAUACACCAGAAGAACUGGCUCAGGCACUGGCUUUCAAGCUGAUUGGUCUAGUAGACCAAGAACCUCAGAGAACGUUCUUGCAUCUAGGGACACGUUUAACAAGGAGAGACCAAUCACUAUAUCUAGGAACCAGAGUUUAUCAAGAAAAGCAGUUGCUGGGUCUAGUGUUCGAGCCACUUCCUCAGCUGAUUUCUUAGAGAACCGAUCGAGCAGAGUCGUCCUAAACAAUGGCCGGCCAGCUACAACUCAGAGGACUCAGUUCCCUCCUCCGUCGUCCUCUUUAGCCACAAAAUCUGCAGCACCAUCGAGACUUCCUCCUGACGUGACGCUCGAUUUCCUUACUAUUGGGAACGACAAGAGGAAGUGAGUCUCAAUAUUAUCGUUAAGAAACAAACAUGGCUGGUUUUAAUUAUGUUCAGUGUUAUAGUUACUAUCACCAACUAUCCUCUUGGUUAAUACGCAUAAAAGUAUGUACAUGAACAGGGGCGGACGUACGUUGAUGGGUACGGGGUCACGUGCCCCCGACUGAUUAUAUAAAUUUUGUGUUUAAUGUUCGUGCUCUUUGGUCAAAUAUCUCAGUUGUUUAAGUUUGCCCUGUU